UGUGUGUGUGUCGAGUCGACGCCAUUUCGUGUCCACUGGUUUCAAGGUGAUACGAGCAGCCUGCAUAGCUGUAAACGGAUCGUUACCUACUCAAGUAAAAACAGCGUUGACUUUUACUCAUUUUUAGUAUUAAGCUCCUGUUUUUGAAGCCACUUUUUUGAACAGCGGCAAAUCCUACACUGAUCUUUUUUUUUUUUUUUAAUGAACCUCAUCAAACCUUUAAGCAUGAGUCCAGAGAGCUGCAGCUGCAGUGUCUCUCACAGUUUAAGCACAGACAUUAAACCAACAUUCUCUCAGAGUCAGACAGGCAGGCAGACCUCCACCGACCCGCGUACAGACACAAUGGAUUGGUCGUCGUCCUCCACCUCCAGCCUGAUGGCCAGCAGCAACGUGACCAACAAGACCGACCCCCGCUCUCUCAAUUCCCGCGUCUUCAUCGGCAACCUCAACACCCUGCUGGUCACCAAGGCUGACGUGGAGGCCAUCUUCUCCAAGUAUGGCAAGAUCGUCGGCUGCUCCGUCCACAAGGGCUACGCCUUCGUCCAGUAUUCCAAUGAGAGGAACGCCCGGGCCGCCGUGGCCAGCGAGGACGGCCGCAUGAUCGUUGGACAGGUCCUAGACAUUAACCUGGCAGGCGAGCCAAAGCCUCACAGAUCCAAGACGGUGAAGCGUUCUGCGGGAGACAUGUACAGUUCAUCUUUUGAUUUGGACUAUGACUUUCAAAGAGAUUACUAUGAUAGGAUGUACUCCUACCAGUCUCGGGUGCCUCCUCCCCCUCCGCCCCUGUCCCGUGCUGUCAUCCCCUCAAAGCGUCCCCGGGUCAGUCUGAGUGGAGGAGGGAGCCGGCGAACCAAAACCAGCUUCUCCUCCUCUUCCAAAAGCAGCCAGAGGACCUCACGUACAAUGAAGGUAGAUGAUCUGCAGACCAUCAAGAGAGAGCUCACACAGAUCAAACACAAGGUGGACUACCUGCUGGAGAGCUUAGAGCGCAUGGAGAAGGACCACAGCAAGAAGUCCGAGAUGAAGAGCUCCAAACCAGAGCCCGGUGAAGUGUCCCCACUCCACUCGUCCACCUCCAGCAAGAAGGAGGACAGCCUGAAGCGGGACAGAGAGAGCCAGGAGCUCAACGACUCCGAGGAGGAGGGAGAUCUGCUGGAGGACGAAGAUGAGAUGAAAAGCAGAGGGAGAGAGGAGGAUGAGGAGGAGGAAGGCGAGCAGGAGGAAGGAGAGGACGACGGUGAUAGUGCCAACGGAGACGAGUCCUAAACACUACACAGGCAGACAGACACACAUGCACCAAACUAUUGUGUAUGAUUGUGUUUCCACACCAGACUUGUCCACAGUGGUCAUGUGUUCAUAUCUGCUGAAUUGACUGGACAUUUAUAUACAGUGUAUCGUAGAUAUUCCUCUCUGUCACAUAGAUACACAAAUUCAUAAAUAUGUCAAGCACUUGUUUCUGGACUUCCCAAUUUGACUUUCUUUUCUUUUUUCUAAUGUUUUUUUUUUUUUUUUUUUUAAUUUGAAUUUUAGAGACAUUUUCUGACACUGGAUAAAUGCAAACUCUGAUGUGUUACAUUUAGACAAAAUGCUAGGUCACUCGAGGAUAAAUGUAACGUAUUGUACGUUCGAACUCAGGGCUGUGAGCCUCUCCAGUAUAAAAAAAUGGAAAGCCCCCUAUCAGUUAUUGAUUUUAGAUGAAUGUGUUGUCUUGUUGCCAAAAAUUGAACAAAUUACCACUUAGCAGUGGCUGACAUUUAAACAAAAUUGGAUUAAAAAAAAAAUAUGCUCAGGUGCAACAGUUUGAAUAUAAGGACAUUCCUGAGACUAAAUACCAGACGUGGUAGUACAGCCCAGGCUUGAAACAACACUUAAAAUAUAUUCCUGAUCCAGCUGCUUUACAGAUGCCUCCUAACCAGCAGAUGGCAGCGUGUCAUAACAACUGUCCACACAAAAGACCAUAAGGACCUAUUUCUGUUGUUCACAGAAAAUCUUCAUAACGUGGGCAGGUACACAAUUUCAUGUCAAACUGUGCAAAUGCUCAGGCAAUAUCCUCACUGCUCUGAAAAUAGUUUUAUCCGUUGCAGAGGUGUCACGACCUCAGCCGACCUUGACGUAUAAUGCAGUGCUACUCCAUGUUUGUUUCUGUUUAUGUUCUGUUUGUCAUUCAGCUGCACUGGUGAAAGUGAAUAAACAUGUUUUCCAAGUUG